UUGAGGACCAACGUUCGCAUUUUUCUCUGGCUCCUUUCUUCUAUAAAACGGGCGAUUCUGGAACUCCGAGAAGACAAAUUACGCAAAGUUUGAAUAAUGAUCAUUAACACAUCGGCAAAUUUGACAACAGUUGUACCGCACAAUGCUUUGCUUUACUCCUUGGAAGAGUCAAUCAUCCAAAUAGUGUCCUUGGCGUUUAUCGUCAUCUCUGGUUUAUGUGGUAAUUUCUAUGUAUGCUAUAUCAUCUAUGGAAGCAGGAACAAAAAUCCCACUUUGUUAUUCAUCUUAAACUUAGCAUUUGCGAAUAUAGGAGCGUUGACUCUUUGCACACCGCUUCCGAUGGCUAUUAGUYUUCAAAGACGCUUUGCUGUGGAUAAUUGGAUAUGUUUGACCAGUGGUUUUCUCAACAACUUUUUCUUUUGUGCGUCCAUUUUCAUCUUYCUUUUGUUGACAAUUCACAAGUUUUUCACUGUUGUUAAACCCGGAUUUUGUACACACUUUAAAAUAUCGGAGAAGCGACCCAAGACUUGUCUGCUUGCAGUUUGGGUAUUCUGUAGUGCUAUGUCCAUGUUAUCACUUGGUCCUUUUACUGGCUGGGAGCACAUUUCCUUCAACCCAACAACGGCUCAUUGUGGAAUUUCAUUCCCUGUGUCUCUAGCAGAGAAACUGCGCUUAACYGUACUUGCAGCUUUGGCAUUUGUGUUCCCUUUAGCUUUCAUGGCCUAUGCUUACUGCAGGAUCUACUGGAAGAUCAACGAACACGAAAAAAGACUUUCGGGCACAAUUCGCAGAAACAAUUCUAUGAAAAGAAAACUCUCGCUUACACUUUGUAUGAUGUUUGGAACAUUCGUUGCCUGCUGGUCGCCUUUCUUUUUGUUAAUUGUACUUGCAAUUAUACUUAAAGAUCCAGGAAAUCUUCCAGAAGCAUUGGGACGAAUUGCAUACUGGUUUGGCUACAUCAAUUGUUGCUUGAAUCCUGUAUUUUAUUGUAUACGAGCAUCUACUUUUCGUGAAUUAAUGCGCGAAAGAUCUGUGACAAUGUCGCAUAAUGUGAACUUUGCAGUUCCAAAUCGCGGUAAAAGAGCUUUUUCUCUCCCCACUUUACCAACAAAAAGACGAAAUUCGUCUUCCGUUGGAUCUGCUGCAAUUUCUCCUACCCCAAUACUGGUGGGAAACAUCGCGGACAGUACACAGCAUAAAAGAAURCCGUCUAGAAUGCGCGCGUUUUCCUGGACCGCAGAUUUUAGACUGCCGGGAAUGUUAACAACACCCAUUGCUCAAAGUUCAAAUGAAAUAACCUUAAGUCGACCUAAAGAAAAAAAGAAUGUAGUAAAAAAAGCAAGACUUAUUAUGACGAAUCCGGAGACAAUUAGUGAAAGUCCUGUGGAGAUGGAUCAAAUGGAAGAAAUCGUGUUGAAUGUUACACCACGACGUGAUAGAUAAGGCGCCUCGAAAACUUUCUGGGCAUUAUUAUAUAAGAUAUUCCAUGUAAACCAAUUUUUUAUGAUUAAAUUAGACUUAAGGUAA